AAAAAGGUCUAAUUGCUUCCAUGAAAGCGGUGGCAAAAAUCCAUUUCACAUGAAUAGCAGCCCUUGUAGGAUUGCUUUAGGCAUUGCUGAAAUCAUUUUCUCUCAAGUCCCUGACUUUGGCUUUCCAUUGUUGCUGCUGUCGUGUCCUUCAGUUACACAACAAUUGGGAUUGGACUUGCUCUUGGAAUUGCUAAAAUAGUAUGUAUGUAUUAACAGCAUUCUUUUACACUUAAAAUGGAGGCAGCCUAAUGUUGUUGAGAUGAACUUUUUAGAAAGGAAAAUGGGUAUGGUUUAGCUGACUUAGGGUGCUUUGUUUGGAUAAUGUACCAGCGAAUGGAAAAAUUAGGGAAAGCCUGACUAGGACCAGUGUUGGAACCGUUAUCCAAACACAAAAAACAUUUAGGUUCCAGGGACUUGGAGAUAUAGCUUUUUGCCUUACUUACUCCCUCAUAUUCAUUGAAAUUCAGGUUUGUCAUGUAACUUCAUUUUAUCCAAUUUAUCUAACUCCGAUAACAGUACGAUACUUGUAUAGGACACACUUAAGGCUCCACCAUCCGAAUCAAAGACAAUGAACAAGGCAACUGUGUUAAGUGUUGGAGUGACAACCUUGUUCUGCAUGCUGUGUUGUUGCAUGGGCUAUGCUACUUUCAGAGACUUGUCCCCCGGAAAUUAUGAAGCACCGACAUGGCUCUUCCGCCAUCGUAUCGGUGUCAUACGGGUAAGCUCGGAUAUGUACAAGACACGCUGGGAUACGACAAAAAGAAAGAGUUCGACACGGUCAAGAAACCGGAGUUGGAAAACGGACACCAACGGACACUGGCGAUGAAGAAGAGAAGGGAAGAAGUAGUUCCACAGCGGGCAGUUUCUUUGGGUUUAUAUUAAACGCAUCAUUUUCUCUCCAAGUGUCCUUCUAGCUGAUUGGAUUUGGAGGACUUGGUUAUUUAUUAUAACAAGCAAUGGGUUAUAUUUUGGAUUAUACGCUUACACUUAACCCCAUAAUCCAAUGUCAUAUUUGCUUCUUCUUUUUUGUAGCAAAUUGAAAAAGGAUGCUCCAUUUCCUACUAUUGAACAGUUUGAUGAGCCGAAUCAUAAGCCAAAAGAAAAGAAAAAAGAAGAAAGUGUUGAAAGUUGAAAGAAGGGGGAAGGUGAAUUGGCAUGGAAAUCAACACUAGUCCUCCUAAUAGGACCUCCUCUCACCGCAUAUCCUCAGCUCGCCAUGUGUCAGGUCAAAACUUCCCUCCCCAAAUGCAAACCGCCAUAAAUAAAUAACAACGUGGCAGCACCUUAGAAAAAGACAUCUCAGGAAGUGCCACGUGCAAUUUUAGCAAUACGUGGCAGAAAUCCACAUCCCCCUUUGCUUCUAUUUAAUUGAAAAACGAUGAAGCUGCUAAAAACCAUGUUCAUUUUGACAAGUUUGAUCCAUUGAAGAAGAAAAGAAAAAUGCAGUCCAUGAAGGAAAAAGCAGCCAACGUCGCGGCUUCGGCCAAAUCUGGCUUGGAAAAGACCAAGGCCACCAUGGAAGAGAAGGUGGAGAAAGCAAGAAGCAAUGACCAAAUGGAGAAACAAAUUGCCAAGGAAAGGAAAGAGGAGAGGAUCCACCAGGCGGAGCUUAACAAACUAGAGGCUCGUCAGCAUAAUGCGGCUGCCAAACAAGCCGGAGCAGAGGGCGGAUUCACCGCAACGCGAACUGGUGCUUACAAAGCAACUGGGACUCACUCUUAUUCCACCACUGGGGAACGUGGACAAUCCACUGGAGCUCAUCAGAUGUCGGCGUUGCCUGGACAUGGGAGUGGGCAGCCUGCAGGGCAAGUGGUUGAGGGUACUGCUGCUGCCCAUCCUAUUGGGUCAAAUCCUGGUGUGGGAGGGGCCAAAUCACAUAAUACUCGAGGGGAGGGAAAUCCCCAUGGAUAUGGUACUGGAGGGACUUACAGUUAAUCCCUUUUUUCUUGUUUUAUUUGAGGAAAUAAGUAAUGCAAAAGAUGAUGCAGUUAUGUUAUGAUAGAAAUCAAAUAUUGAGCUUAGUACUCUGAAA